CUCGACUGCGGACCCCUGUAUCUUGAACCAUGUCGGUCCACCUCCAUCGCCUGAGCACAGACAACGCCUGGUUAAUAAGUUUCAGCAACAAUUUGCAAGCUCGACUUUCUCCUGGAGACAUCACGUUAACCUUCCUCCUCGACCCCUGGCUCGACGGACCGGAAAUAGAUAUUCACCCAUGGUUCCUCACGCAAUUUCACUCAGCCUCUAAACCUCCCCAGUUCCACAAUUUCCCGAGCCUCGCAGAAUUCCUUGCGUCGGAUCCAAGAGGAGCGGUCGAUGCCGUCAUCAUCACUUUCGAGGGAAACGAUCAUCUACACAAACCGACGAUUGACGGUGUAGACGAAGACAUUCCGUUUUUUGCUUUUUCGGGCGCUGCGAAGAAGCUAAGGGCGUGGGGCAGGAGAUACAUCUACGAAAUUCCAAAAGACCCAGGAUGUCUCGAUGUAGGCAAGCAGAUGUCCGAAUUCGAGAGCAAAGUUGGUUCACGAAGAGCAGAUUGGGCCGCACGAAAAGAGUUCUACGAGAAACUUGAUAUCAAUCUCAGUUUCGUAGCAACAUCUGCAUCACGUUGGGAAGACCUGGUGCAAGAUCUAAUCCGCGGCGCGCUCGUUAUAUCCUUUUCGAAAGGCUCUGAGGCUGAGAGAGGUGCUCUCCUAUAUCAGCCUCACUCAACGCCGUUGAAGGAUAUUGCGGCCUGGAAAACCCGGCAAGAGUCGUCCCACAAGAACGUCGACGUCUUCGCUUUCCUAGCUGGAUGGGACGUUGUUCGAUUUCCAUGGUUGCUAGGCGGUCCUUCCACGAAUGGUGGUGGCCCCGAUAAUGGCAAAAUUGUCCAAUUGUUAUCUUCCCAGUACUGGUUGCGAACGCACGACGAGGAAACCUUGAUGAGCGGUCUUGUUCGUUUGUUCAAUAGAAGGGAGGUUUGGUCAAAGGAAAGAGCCGAAGCCGAGAUCCCGGAGAGUAAUACAAAACUCCUUGAUUUGGAUCCGGGAGAAAUAUUGUCGAUACCAAUGCAGGCCGCUGAACCUGCAUGA